AUGCACGGAUAUACCGCUCUCCUGGCUUUUGCCAGUCUUUACUUUACUCCUAGCAUGGCUGCUGAUGAAGCUACUGAUAUGGGCCCAGCAGCCUUCUUGUGGCCUCCAGAUCGGACAUGGUCGAAAACAACUGACAAUACCGCUCCCUGUGGGUCAAACGCUGGUGUUGAGAACCGAACAGAAUUUCCAUUGACCAAUGGUGAGGUUUCUUUGGUCCUACAGGAUGAGUCUUACAAUGUCAAUUUGGCUAUCUCUUAUCACGACGAUCCUACCUCCAACAGUGAUUUCGUUACCGAUGUAGAAGGAAGCAACUUUCCCGAUCUCUACCCAGGUCAUGAAUGCUACUCAGUUCCAAACCCCCCAUCCAACAUAACUUCCGGUUCCAACGCAACGCUACAAUUGCGUUACCAAUCCACGUUUGAUACCGACACAAACCAAACAUACUACGCCUGCGCAGAUAUCACCUACGUUCCACUUGCAAGCUUUACAACUAAUGUUCUCUGUUUCAACGUAUCGGUUACUGAUACCGCAUCCACUACAACAGCUACUAGUAGCAGUUCAUCUAAGGCAUCUGGCUUAUCUGGAGGCCAGAUUGCGGGUAUUGUUGUAGGAUCUGUGGCGGGUGUUGCGCUGAUUGCAGGUGGACUAUUCAUUUUGUGGGGUCGACACCAGCGUAAAGUUCAGCGGGAUAAGGUGGUGGCGGUUAGAAUGGGCGAUUGGGGAAACAAGGCUCAGAAGACGGUGUCAAAUGAGGAUCAAGCUGUUUGA